AUUGUCUUUCUGGUUAUGGCUACCUCAAUUGAUCCACUCGUCCUUGGUCGUGUGAUCGGUGAUGUUGUUGACAUGUUUGUUCCAUCUGCUAGCAUGUCUGUGUACUUUGGUGCCAAGCAUGUCACCAAUGGCUGUGACAUCAAGCCCUCCAUGGCUAUUAGCCCACCUAAGUUGACUCUCACAGGCAACAUGGAUAACCUUUACACCUUGGUUAUGACAGAUCCAGAUGCACCGAGCCCAAGUGAACCAAGCAUGCGAGAGUGGAUACAUUGGAUCGUUGUUGACAUACCUGGUGGGACAAACCCAAACCGAGGAAAAGAGAUCCUUCCAUAUAUGGGUCCGAAGCCACCGGUGGGGAUACACCGCUAUAUAUUUGUUCUGUUUCAGCAGAAAGGACCAAUGGGUCCGGUGGAGCAGCCAACAGCUCGCGCCAGCUUUAACACCCGCAGCUUUGCCAGGCAAAUGGAUCUGGGCCUCCCUGUGGCCACUGUGUACUUCAACUCACAGAAGGAACCGGCAUCUAAGAGGCGCUGAAUCUUUUCGGUGACCCUCUUGGUGCUAAGCAUGGGUUAUGAAAUAUUAUGCCUAUAUCUAAUAAAUAUAGUAGGCUUAUAAAUAAAUAACAGUUGAGGGUGUCUGU